AUGUGUCAAAUUCGAGCUAAAAUUUAUCAAGAUGAAACAAAUGCUAAUAUAGACUAUGCCCAGGAAUGUUUUUAUUCUAAUAGUAUAUUGAAUAAUCAACUAGAUGAAAUGGAAAUAGAGAACCUUGAAGAGGCAAAUUCUAUACAAGAUGACAAAAGAAAUAUGUUAAUAGAAAAUGACAUUGAAUUAGAAGAAGAAUGGCAUAAAAUAGUUCAACAUUGGAUUGAAUUAUUAGAUGAUGAUGCCGAUUUAUAUGAAAUUGAAGAUGAUAGCGAUAAUAUUUUAAAUAGUUUGUUAACUAUUUUUGUAGAAAAUCUUGAUGACAAUAUUUGUCAACAAGUUAAUGAUUUAGAACAUCCCGCAGAAGAUAACUCAACUAAAUGGAAGCUACAUGAUUUAUUUGUUACAGACUUAGAAAUUCCGAAUUAUUUUAAUAUGCUUUAA